AGCAGCUCCUGUUGUGGAUCAAUGCCUUCACUUGGUAUUCUGAGCAACUCUCUGCACGUCCUGGUGCCAACCGCCUUCAACGAAGACACGGAUCAGCUUGAUGUGCAUCGUGAGGAGCCAGUAGAUGACUUCUGGGUGAAGGAGACCAAGGGCUAUGAUCUGACCAAGUAUGCAGAAGAGCUUCCAUUAUGUGAGGAUCUGGAGCCUGCAACGGUGGGCAACGGAGACUCCUGUUGGAGCACCUGCCACGGGCAGUGCCCCAACGAUUUGCUGAAGCCAGGGCUUGCGUUUGACUUUGAUGAAAUCAGACCGGGACAUCCAGGAUGCACGUCUCACUUCGAGUGCGUCGGAAACUUUGAUCGCGUACUUUGCCACGGGGUUCGAGCUCUAGAGGAUCACCUCCCAGAGAACUUCAGUGCUGCUGAGAGACAGCUUGAGGAUCGGAUUCCUGGAAGCCUCGCAAUCUUGGCAGGCUCGCAAGAGCGCUUGCACCGUUGCAUUGCGCGCCGCAAACAGCGCUGCCGAGGCUUCUUGUGAUGGCAGCCUUUCGCUUCGCCCAAAGAUGGUCGGAGCCAUAAGGACCAAGAAAA